AUGGGCAUCAGCCCUGUGGCGCUGCUUGCGAAGCGCCAGGAGUGGGUUCUCGUGCGGCAGAUGCUGUAUGGAAUGGUGGCCUACUAUGGGCUGACGCUGCUGCUUUUCCUCUGGAGCCCCACGUUCUGCAUGGUCUACUGGGUCUUCUGCCACCUGGAAGGCAUGAUCCUGCUGUGCGCGAUCUCUUAUCUCUGGCAUGCAUUCGUGGAGGAGUCAGAGCCCGACAACCAAUACGUCAACUCCGUAACCAUCCUCGACGGCCACGACAACACAUUCAACGAGGACUACCACGUCGUGCACCAUCACUCCCCGUCGACGCACUGGACGGAUGCGCCCGCCCAUUUCGAGGCUCACAAGGAUAA